UCUUCUUCUCCUUUUUGGGUCUGUUCUCUCUUGAUUCUUCUUCUAAUUCUUCUUCUAAUUCUUCUUUCCAAUUACUGGAUCUAUUAAUUGGUAUCAGAGUAGUGAUUGCUUGGACUUGUGGUGAUGGCUACUCAAGAGUUGAGGCGAGAGUUUGCUGAAUUUCAGAAGAAACACGAUGCGAACAUAGCAAAUAGUGACCUCAAGAUGACGUCUAUAGAUAAGGGUGGUAAUGUGCCUCGAUCCCCGUGGGGCUCCGCAGGGAUCCCCGCCACCGGAAUGGGGUGAGGAGGAAUAUUCCUCUCCGUGGGACGAGGAUGGGAGUAUUUUCCCUCGUGAAAUUUCACCCUGUAGGGAUUCCAUCCCCGCAAAAAUUAAAAAAAUAUGCAAAUU